AUGGAAAAACACAAGAUUCCAGGCAUUGCACUCGCUAUAAUUCAAGACGGGCAGAUUAUCUAUGGUAAAGGUUACGGUUAUUCGAACAUUGAGCAUCAAAUUCCUGUCAAACUUGAAACUGUUUUCCAAUCUGGUUCGAUCGGCAAGCAAUUUACGGCGAUGGCUGUAAUGAUGCUGGUUGAAGAUGGAAAGAUUCAACUAGAUGCCACAAUUGACACAUAUUUCGCAGAUGUACCAAAUGAAUGGAAGAAUAUCACUGUUCGACACCUCUUAACACACACUUCGGGAAUGACUGAUUAUCCUCAAAAUUUUAAUUUUCGUACUGAUUGUACCGAAGAUGACAUGUACACGCUGAUUAAAACUAUUCCACUGACAUUUCAACCAGGUGAACAAUGGGCUUACAGUAAUCUUGGCUAUGUGAUGCUAGGAAUUUUGAUUCGUCGAGUAACCAAUCAGUUUUAUGGAGAUUUUCUUAAGCAGUAUGUUUUCAAUCCUCUGAACAUGACCACAGCACGAGUGAUCAGUGAAGCGGAUAUUAUUCUAAACCGUGCUGCUGGAUAUGUUCUCGUCAAUAAUGAACUGCAAAAUCAGGCUUGGAUUGCACCUUCAUUGAACACUUUUGCUGAUGGAGCUUUGUAUCUCAACAUUUACGAUAUGGCUAAAUGGGAUGCUGCACUUUAUGGCGAUAAACUACUCAAACAUCAGGCAAGUUUCGAUGAAAUGUGGAAUCCAAUUCAAUUGACCAAUAAUAAAACUUAUCCAUACGGUUUUGGUUGGAAAUUAUCAGAAACAAUCAAUGGAAUGCGCAUUGUUCAACAUGGUGGCUCAUGGCAAGGCUUUCGAUCAAUAAUUAUUCGACUUUUAGAUGCGCAACUAUCGGUUGUCCUUUUUUCCAAUUUCGAUCAGACAGAUGUUGAAGAACUUGCUUCACACGUACUAAAAAUUUACAAUCCAGAACUGAGUGUUAAACCGAAGGAAGAUAAAAUACAAUAG